AUGUCGCAGCAUUUUGGGUCGUUCGCCACACAGAGCACCAUGCUCGCGGCCGGAGGGGAGGACGGCGAGAAGAAGUACAAGCACCCGCUCCGCUGGGAGGGUGACUUUACGGUGCCACGGUACCGGGCCGUGCUGGGCAACGGCAAGCACAUGCCCGUGGUCGACGGUCUGUACGAGGAGGAGUUUCUGUGGGACCGCGGUGGCUGCAUCAAGUUUUCCUACCGAAACACCGACCCGCACCCGAUGCCCACCAGCUACACCGUCGACUGGCACGCACUGCAGGAAAACGACCCCGUUUCCGGGAAGAAAGUGCCGGUAAAGUCUUCCCGCCAGGCGGUCCGGUUGCCGCACCUGCCGCCGCCCGCCGCAAUGGUGAAGAAAACCAUCAGCGUGGUGGAGCGAAAAACGCCGUUCACGGGCUACUUCUGCGAAAAGGAAAUCCUCACGGCCCCCGAGAAGCAGACGAAGGUAUAUGUAGUUGCUUCAGUGAAAGAAUUGUUGUUCUUCGCGGGUUAAAUAUUAGCAAAACACUGCAUCGCACUUAAUAUAGAAGACGGCGUUCGUUGCAUGUAGGCUUUUCGCAGCCUUUAUUUUUCAUCCGUACUACCCGCCUCAUUCAUUGUCACGAGAAAUGGAUCCCUACUUCUACUGCAUGCUUACCUUGCCGAAUGAUCUUUUUUCGUUUCUUGUGAUUUUAUUCGCGCCAGCACGCACACUGCACGAAUUACCGAGCACACAACUGCACUAGGAAUAAAUAAAUCGAUGUUAAAAAAAACACAACAGCGCGGCGGGCAGUUGGCGCAGAACAGCAAAGUCCCGGCGCAGCUGACGGACAAGCAGAUUCUCGCGACACGAACCUUGUGGCGGCAGGCCAGCACGGGUGACGUGUACUUCAAGGAGGGGGGCACCGACGUCCCGGGCAUUUCCACCGCCCUGAAGGACGGGGCGGUCUUGGACUGGAAGAACCCUACCUGCAACCACAUGACGCUGUUUUUGUUCACCUGCUACCAGAACGACAAGGACCUGGCCAAGUACCUGCUCGGCCUCGGCGCGGACCCGAAGGUCGUGGACGGCAGCAAGCGGAACGUGUUCCACCACUGCGCGCGCCAGAACGGCACCGACGUGCUGGUGUUUCUCCUGCGCACCCUGGACCCGAAGGACAUCUAUCCCACAGAAAAAAGCUGGCAGGGCAUAUUUGUAAUGCAAAAAUAAAUACACAGAAAAAUCCGUCAUGGGCGGCCUCGUAGCAUGCUGUUUAGGAUACGCAGUGCGGAUUUUUCUGUGUAUUUAUUUUUGCAUUACAAAUGUGACCUGCCCGCUUUUUUCUGUGGGAUAACAUCGGGCUGCUGAUCACGCAGAAGGACGAGGACGGCGACACGCCGCUCCACAAGGCCGCGGAGAAGGUAUUGCGAGGAAAAAUCCUCUCUCCCCAUAUCGGGAAGGAAAUUUGUGAUGCUGAUUUGUUUACCAAAAAUCCGUUCUGGCUUGCAAAUACCGCAAAUGGGAGCCGCUUGGCGCAUUCCACAGCCAAUCUGUGAUGCGGUGAUGCAUACUGCAAAGGUGUCUGCCAUGCCUAACUCCUAGCCUGUUGCAUACCCAAUCAGGCGCAGGAAGUGCUGCCAAGCGCUUUCUGCAAUACAGCGGUGAUUUGUGUACAGAAAUCCAGCAACAGAAAUUUCCUUUUUUCUAUGGGGUGGGGCCUUUUUUCACUCUGAUAGAAGGGGUCACUGGUCAUCUGCCAACUCUUGAUCAAGAUGAAGUCCACCGACCUGAUCACUUUGCUGAACAAGCGGGACCAGAUCCCCUUCGACGUGGCCCGGUCCUACAAGAUGCACCACCUCUUCAAGCUCCUGAACCCACUGGAGUACGUGAAGGACCAAACCUCGCUCAUCGCGCGCAUCCGAAACAAACUCGGCACCGAGGGCGUCACUGAGGUACUUCUUUUUAUCUUUUGGAACUUGCAUAAGGAUUUUUAUAGAAUUUUUUCAACAAGAGCACCGAAUUUAUUUUUGCUGUUGACACUGCUGUAGGUUUCUCUGUUACAUGCACGUUAUAGUAUCACGAUGAAAAAACGGAGAAAACGGUGAGGGAUGCCGUCACUUUCUUGCACACACUAUCAACAGGUGGCCGAGGGCGGCGGCGGAGACGACGACGAGGAGGAUGAAGAGGAAGAGUCCGGCGGCGGCGGUGGCAGCGGGCCGCUUUCCAAUUUGAGCGGGCUCGAUCGAAAGUGCAAUCAGGAUCGAAAAGCCGUCAUCGAGGAGGCGACAAAGGGAAAGAAGGGCGGCAAAAAGGGGAAGAAGGGAGGCAAGAAGAAGAAAUAAAGGCUUGGAGCGAGAUAUUCCUUUCGCACUUGCCUGCUUCGUCAGUAUUUUUAGAGACGUAGUAAGUAUCUGCUUCACAUUCAUAAGAUUAUGCAUAGAGCAUACCACUGACGACGCUCCGUUUUGGUCGGUUUAUUUUGAAGCUUUGUAUAAUUAAUACAUAAAUUUUGAACAUCAUCAUCAAGUAAACGCACGCUCCGAUCGAGUUCACAAAUGCACGAAACUAGUCCUUCGACCUCAUCAAAAUACAUUAGAUUUGUUUCCCACACUAUUGAAGGGGUCGUCCAUUGUUUGCGGUACCCCCGCACCAUUACCCUGUUUUCCCCGAGAAUGCACACUUUUUGGACACUAGUACUCACGGUUUCCUACAGCAACAACAUGCAAAAAUAACCGUUUUUGAGUUUUUCUCAAACCGACAUGUCAUGUUUGGCGCAUGCUCCUGCCGUGCAAUGCAUUGGUAAAAAUCGCCUAUGUUCGAU